ACCCAUUUUAAAUAACAACAUCUUUUUUUUCGAGGGAAUCGAACCUCUUGGCUAAUAAAAAAGUGUGAUUUAUGACAAUCAUUUGGUGUUGUGUAUUUUAAAAAAAUGUUUAAUCAAUUUGCAAGUGCAUUUAAUAGUUGCACGUCGUAGUGGAUAAUGUUCGACUUCUGCUUUUCACGGCACGUACCUUUUCUGUUGAGUUUUAAUCUCACAUGACGGAAAAGGAAUAAAGUGAGGCCUACGUGACGAGAUGAAUGUAUGCCAGUUGUGUGGAGCACUUGAAAAUCUCUCACUUUGUGGGGGUUGCAGGGGUACAUGGUACUGCUGUAAAGAUCAUCAGCGGCAGGAUUGGAAAGAUCACAAAAGCGAAUGUAAGAAAAAUAAACAGGGUACCGCCCCUCCACAGCGUCCGCAAGACGUUACUUCCAGCGACAAUUCGAUGCAGAAAGAAUCGACCGAAAAUACCGCCCCCGUUUACGAUGUCCAGCAAGUAAACAACGAACCUGCCUCACCCACUAAGGUAUUAGUGGACGAUUCCAGUAUACAAUCUCUAUCAACCCCUGCUUCAUUACAAAACAUAGCAGGUGAGAGUCGAGACAGUAUUGUGGACACAUUCGGCGACAGUAUAAACGCAGUUACAAAGUCAGGGUCGCCGACUUCGUUAGAAGCUGGCGAAAGCAAGGAUGAAGUUAAGCAUGAGCAUGACAGUUCUCAGGUGUUAAGCAAAAGUAAUCAGUGCGUAAAGCAGAAGUCAAAAAGUUUUAAGAAAGGGUACGUUCGCGAAGAGGCUAAUUUACCUACUAUUUCUGAGGAUGGUCCUCCACCUGAAAGAUACUAUCUGAACUACACCACUCAUAAAAUCAGUCUUCCACCAAAUACACAGACCUCGUCUCCUGCAAAUCUUCAGGAAUCAGCCAUGGGGCAAGGAGACAAAAGUCUUACUGCUCUUCAGACCAGGGAGCAGUACCUGUCAAUUUUGCGCUCCCGUUUCAAGGUGCUUGCCCAAUAUGUUGUGGACUGUUUGACAAAAUACGGAAUAUGUGUGAUUGACAAAUUCCUCGGCGAGGUGACAGGGCAUGAAAUCUUGAAAGAGGUUCUGCAGCUGAGUUCCGCAGGAGUAAUGCGGCAAGGACAGCUGGUUCAUGGGCCGUCAUCUUCCAGUAAUAAGUACAUUCGCGGUGACAUGAUCACCUGGGUAGAUGGCACAGAACCACGCUCUGAAAACAUUCAUUUCCUUAUUUCUUGUAUGGAUGCUGUUAUGUUGCAAUGUGCAGACAAACUUGAAAUGUACAGAAUCAAUGAGAGAACCAAGGCAAUGGUAGCUUGCUACCCUGGAAGAAAAACCAGAUAUGUCCGACAUGUUGACAAUCCAAAUGGAGAUGGGAGAUGUAUCACUUGUAUUUACUACCUCAAUGAAAACUGGGAUGUGCGGCAACACGGUGGCCUGUUGAGAAUAUAUCCUGAAGGCUCUGAUCGAGUUGCCAGCAUUGAACCCAAAUUUGAUAGGUUGUUAUUUUUCUGGUCUGACAGAAGGAACCCACAUGAGGUUGAACAAUCUUUUAGAGAAAGAUAUGCAAUCACUGUGUGGUACUAUGAUGCUGAAGAAAGAGCUCAGGCAUUGAAGCGAUUUAAAGGCUCUACAGAUAGUAGUAUGAAGCCUCACGCUGUUCCUUUAAUCAAAGAAGGUCAAGAUUUGCAGUGAUCAUUUGCUUGUCUUUCAUCAGCUGUUACAAUGCAAUACUUAGAUCUAUCAGCUAGGACUUUGUAAUAGGAUAUAAACAAAAAAAGUGAAUUCUAUUUUUCCCUUUUGUUACUACUUGGCAGAAACAUCUGGAGUGGUCUAGUCAAGCUUUAAAUUUGCAAAUAGUUUACUGUGAAGGUUAUGCUGUCGUAAACCCAGUGACUUUUAUGAAUGAAAUUGAGAUAAUUUCAAAACAUUUUAUUUGAUUUCAGUUUUAAACAAUUCUGAAAUUUGCUGCUAAUUUAGCAUAUUUUCAUAUCAAGUGUUUAUUUCCUCUUUUGUUAUGAUACAAAUAUUUUAUAGUCAUUGUUUAUGUUUGAAUUAAGUUUAUCUUGGCUUUUAUUGUAUGUAAUUCCCUGAUACUACUGUAAUUUUGUUUAUUAUUCGUUUAUUUUGAAUACUUUUUUUUUUACAUUAUUUUAUAUUUCCCAAUCAAGUGCCAUACAAAUUUAAAUUAUUCAAUUUGUGUAGUUGUUCAAACAUGUCUGGUGCAAUGCUGUUAACUUGUCUGUGACCUCUUGGUGGUAGUAUAGGGAUCUAAUGACUACCUCGACAAAUCAGAAACUUUUUGUUUAAUCUGUCCUCUCAUUAAACUGGUGUGAAUAACCUCAACUUUUAUUGUCUUGAUGAAUGUAAUGUGAGAGUACUGGUAAUGCCAAAUCAAGGAAUUUUUUUUGUAGAAGAUACAUAUUUUUUUUUUUUUUAGAAUUACAUUCUGCUCAUGAAAUUAUUUUUUUUCAUCUACAUUUUUGUGUGUGUGUAACUUAUGAGUUAUGGAAACCAGUUGCAUUUAAUUUCUUAGUUAAAAUUUAGUGAAUAUCUUUCAACUUUUUAAUCCCCCAAUUCUAAGUGUUUUAAGUAAAGUUAGUUUUCUAAUGAUCUGAAACUUAUAUAUUCUGCAUCAUUCACACGGAAGGUCUAAAAGUUGUUUCCUUUUUAAAAACUUUUUUUUCAAUCAUUUAUUUUAGGAGUUUCUAGUCAUUUUGCAGUUUCUUUCCUAGUCCAGCUCUGAAUACAAAAGCCAUGGCUAAAAGAUAAGCAACAAAACUUGUGUAACUGAGGAUUAAAAUAUGUAUUACAAAAACAUUUUAGUAGACAGAAAAAAUAUUUACUAUUGAAGGCUAAUAAUUUUGUUUUUCUUAAAAAAAAACCAUUGAUGCACAUUUUAACUAUUCUAAUUUGGAACUUCUUUUGGAAAUUUUUUUAUAUGUUAUUUUUGUAACACUAUAUGAGUAUUCAGGCCAAAUGAUUAUAAUUAUUUUAUUUUACUUGAAUAUGUAUUCUUCUUAACCCAGUAGGGUUUACCCAUUUUCUUAACUCUAGUUACCAGACUAAUAUCUGUGCUAAUUUUUGUAGGAAGAACUGACCUUAACAUAUUUCUGACUUUUAACUGUGUAAUAAUUUAUUCUGAUCAUGUGACUUAUGAUAUGUUUUUUUGUGUGUAUAGUCUGUUUUAAAUUGUACAUUAAUUACUGGUUGUAUUUGACUGUAGUACAUUAGUUGCUAGUAGUGUAGGAUUGGCUGAACAAUUUCCAUAUUUAAUAGCUCUUGUCAAUAUGUAACAUCAUUGCAGAAUAGUGACAAUGCAAAUGAGGUUCCCCCGCCCCUUUUUUUUUUCCCUGCCACUUCACUGCUUAUUAAUCUGUCUUGUGAAGCUUUUGUAUUUUCAAUAAGAACAUUGUGACCAGUGAUCCAUAGACCAGCAUUACCAAAAUAUUUCAAUCCUUCAUUCUCUACACAAGUUUAUGAAGUCAAUUCAUUUGUUCAAGUUUUUUUUUUUAUUAUUUGAAAGUAAUUUGCCAGCCACACUCCCAUUUUGUUUUAUCUGUGCCUUGUCAUACUUAAAAAAAAAUGUUUUCCAUUUGUAUUGCUGGUACAUCUGUGUCUGAAUAAUUGAAAGGUUAUUUAUUUUGUUUUUAACUAUUAACAAAAAGCUGAUGUUAAUGUAUGUUCUUGUAUGUGAUUUUUGUCUGCCUGUCUCCAAUGCCAAAGAAUUGUGCCACUCCCAAAGUCUCUGUUCAUUUAUGACCAACAUUCCUUUCACUCCAGUAAUAGAAACAUUUGUUGUUGUAUACUUCUCUAUGACAAUGUUUACAUUUUAAUUGCCGCUCUAUAUGACAUGUACACUUUUUACAAUACAGUCUAAUAAAGAAGUCAACACACUUCUGUUGUCACCUUAGCUCUGCUUUGCUAAAGACCAUUUUAAGAAUGCAUUAUUCAGGAAGUAAUUGUAUGAAUUUGGGCUGUUUGUUGACCUAGCUUUUUAAGUGAAUAUUGAAAACAAUGAAAUAUUUGUAAGCAUUAUAACUGAUGACAUUUAUUUAGGACUUUCAUUGAAAAAUAUAUUUUUAGACCUUGGUAAGACAUUUUUUCAGCAAUUUUUUUUCAAACUUUCAAUAUAUUAGUAAACUGUAGGUCUUAAGUUUAGUAUGUGAACUAAAGAAUCAGAAGCCAUUUUCUCUAGUCUGUAAAGCAGUGCUUCCUGGGGGGCAUUGUUUUCCACUGCAUUGCAAUGUUCUCAGUCAUGUGAAUCAUAGCUUUUAAUGUCAAACUACAAAAUACAACUUUGUGUAAUUGUUGGUAGGAUCAUGUUGGGUCAGUUCUUGUCAAGAUUUUUUAAUGUUCUAGAAUCUAGAGCCAUAUCCUAUGCUAUAGUACCAACAUUGUUAGUAGGGCACAGUUGUGAUUAGUCUCAGACUUUUUGCUAGUCAAACUACUUAGGUCAAGCCUAGAUGUCUCUCAUACUGUUUGCUCGUAACAUACAGGGCUAAAUAGGUUAAUGCAUGAUCAGCCAGGAAUGAAAAUGAGAGGUGGGGGAGGUUCUGAGACAUAUCUAAGACAUAGGGAAAUACUGUAUUUUUGUAGUAUGUAUCAAUUGAAAUGUUAGGACAUGGGCGGGCAGGGGUCUGCUGUUGCUCAGCAAAAUAACAAUUAGGAACCCUCGGGGUCACUUGGGCUGUCAGAAUAUGGUGUGGAGUUAAAUGUUCAACUAGACUUAUCACAAAUUUGUUGCCCCAAUGUUGUGAUCACACUCUGUCCUGUAUCCUAUGCGAACUGCCUACGUUUAACCAUGUGCAGUUGUCACAGUGCCCUCUUGUUGUCUUUUCAUAAUAGUAAAAUAGAAACUUGACAUGCGCAAAAACGCUCCCCAGUGACAGUAACAGAACAAGGACAAAACGCCGUGAUCUACAAGCCAAGGCAGAGUUCUCUUUGCUUCAUGGCUUUUCUCUGUGAAAUGUGAACUUGUACACAGUAUUAAGGAAACAAACUUAAUAUUUUGUUGUCUAUAUGGUAUUUUUUAUUUUAUCUAUAGAAAAAUGUGAUUCUAUAGUAUGUUACAAUGUUUCAUUGAAAUAAUAUAAAGAUUUUUUUAAGCUAAA